AUGGACGAUAAUGAAACGUUCGCCGAUGCAUUUAUAGGAUGUUAUCCUAAUGACGCACGAUAUGCUUCUGAAAUAUUAGUUCUUUGUAAUCAAUAUCAUGGUUAUAAUAGUAUAGUAUGCAAAUGGGUUAAACAAAUAUUCAUUGCCGACUGUUAUUUAAGUAGUUUUUUCUAUCAUUUGACAGCAAUAUUUGUGAUUAUUGGUACCAUAUUAAAUUGUUUUUCAUUAUAUUGUUUUAUUAAAAUAACUAAACGUAAUUCUCAAAAUAUUUAUUUAUCAGCAAUAUCUUUGGCUGAUACAAUUAAUUUACAUACAAAUUUUUCAAUACCAUUAUUGAGAUAUUUUUCUAUUAAUUUUGAUCGAUUAUUUAAACGUUCAGCUUGGAUAUGUCAAAUUCAUAGUUUUACAACAGAAUUUUUUAUCAUAUUUCCAACAUGGUUAAUUGUUUUAGUUACACUUGAACGUUUAAUUAGUAUUGUUUGGCCACUAAAACGACAUUAUUUAUGUACACGAAAUCGUGCAAAAAUUUAUAUAUCAUUAUUAGCAUUUAUUUGUAUUUUAUUAAGUUCCUAUCGUCUUCUAAAUGAAACGGGUAUUGAUCAUGUUAGUGUUUUUCGAGUAGCAACAUGUCAUAAAGCAAAAAAUAAUUUUAUUUGGUUAAGAGAUUUAAAUUUAAUUAUAUGGGCAAUUGUGCCCGAAUGUUUAUCAUUUUUUAUGAAUUUAAUUAUUAUAUCUGUUAUAAGACGGACUACACACAAAUUAGAACAUUUUUAUCCUGAAGCAAAAGUUAUUCAACAUAAUCAAGCAACAAAAACUGUUUUAUUGAUAUCAUGUUUAUUUCUUAUAUGUCAUACACCAACAGGUGUGGUAAUUGGUUUUCAUUUAUUUUUCAAAGAACAUGGUUCAAUAAUUGGUAUAGUGGCUGUUUUAUUUUUGAGAAAAAUAACUGUGAUACUUUAUGAAAUAAGUUUAUGCUGCAAAUUUUUUAUCUAUAAUUCAACAUUUCGUGAUUUUAGAGCAAUUUUAAAAAGGUCUUGUCAUCGUAUUGAUCACAAAAAUUCUACAAAUUUAGGUAAACAAUUGUUUUUAUUUUCUCCCAAUCAUAUUGAAUUUAUAUUUAAAUCACGUGAUCCUCAUAAUCAAACUGAAUCACUCUUGAAUGCAAAUGAUGAUGUAUGUGGUGAUAAAGUAUAUAAUGUUGAUGAUGUUGAUGUUGAUGGUGAUGGUGAUGGUGAUGGUAGUUUAUCACCAUCACCGUCAAGUGAGCAUCGUAAUUCAACUAAUUCAAAAUGGAGUAGUCCAACAACUUCAAAUUGUCAACAAUUUGAUAUUCAACAACAACAAUAUAGAAGUAAAUUUAUAACAAAACUGGAUAAUAUUAUCAUUUACAAUGGAAGAAUUCAAACGAGACGAACAUCAAUGUCAGCUGAACAAAAAUCAUUACCUAUACAACAAAAUAUUCAGUCAGUAUCGCCUGUACGGCAAUGGCAUCGACGAACACUAGUAACUAUGUAA